GCUUCCUCGGCUCUGCUUCUCAUCAGAUCGAAUGGCUCCGAAGAAGGAUAAAGCCCCUCCUCCGUCCUCCAAGCCCGCGAAAUCUGGAGGUGGAAAGCAGAAGAAGAAGAAGUGGAGCAAGGGGAAGCAGAAGGAAAAGGUGAACAACAUGGUGCUAUUUGAUCAGGCAACCUAUGACAAGCUCCUCUCUGAGGCACCAAAAUACAAGCUCAUUACCUCAUCUGUUCUCUCUGAUCGUUUGAGGAUUAGUGGAUCACUUGCAAGGAAGGCUAUAAGGGAAUUGAUGGCAAGAGGGUUGAUCAGGUUGGUGUCAGCCCAUGCAAGCCAGCAGAUCUACACCAGAGCCACUAAUACUUAGGUCUUCAACCAACUAGUUUCAUGUAGUCUUGCUGAGUGUGACUUGAUUUUUCUCUUGUUCUAGACACCCCUCUGGCUUGUUCUAUUAGAAUGGCCAGGCGCCUAAGCUGUUAUAUUUCUUGUCUGAUGGAAUCCUUAAACAUUCCUUUGGGAAUUUUAGUUGUUUUUCAUUCAUCUUUUUGAAAAGUGGUUAUAUUGGAUUUCAUCUGACCUUCCGCAUGUCAUGUUUUUCUAUUUUGUUUAUUUAUGUGAACCCAAGAUUAUGCUAUGGGCGUACUAUGCUGUGAAUUCGU